UCUAGGUUAAAAAAUCCAAAACCAACAGACCAAAAGCAAAAUUUAAUUUUUAAUCAAAACAAUGAGAAUAUCACUUCUAAAUCGCAUAUUAAAAUCAAAUAAAUGUAAUUGUUUGAGUAGCCAAUUCAAGAAGAUUGAUAGGGUUGUCUCACUGAACGCUCCAAUUAUAAGACGAAAUGAAUCGACUGUACAUAACAUAGACCUUAACGAUUUUAACGAAAUAAAAUUGAAAAAUGUUUCUCUCAACAAAUAUUUGAGCAAAAUUGAAGAUAGAUAUAAGUUUCUGUCAUACAACAGUGAUAGUAAAUGUAAAAAAGAAAUCGAUGAAUUGCUUCCAAUAAUAAAUUGUAUAAAUCAAAGGAACGAAAUUUUGAAAAAUAUAAAAAGUUUGAAAGAGCUUGAAGACGACAAUGAUCCAGCGCUUAAAGAUUUAAUCAAGUCAGAUUUGCAAGAAUAUGUAAAAGCCUUGAAGAAUGCAGAAGAAGAGCUAGUUAGUACUUUAUUUACCGAUUCUCCAGAAGAUCAAUGUAAAGAAAUAAUAUUUGAAAUCAACUCUGGGGUUGGUGGCCAAGAGGCCAUGCUUUUUGCAAAAGAAUUGUUUGAAAUGUAUAAAAAUUUUGCAAUUUACAAAGGUUGGAAGCUUGAGGUAGCAGAAUAUGCUGAAACAGAUCUAGGAGGUAUAAGGCAUGGCUCUUUAUUGAUUUCUGGUGAAGAUGUGUUCAAACUCAUGAAAUAUGAAGCAGGGGUUCACAGGGUACAAAGAAUACCUUCUACUGAAAAAGGGGGAAGGAUACAUACAAGCACAGUUUCAAUAUUGGCUCUACCCCAACCCACAGAUAUACAAAUAAAUAUAGAUCAAAAAGAUUUGAGAAUUGAAACCAAGAGAGCAAGUGGUGCUGGUGGGCAACAUGUGAAUACAACAGAUAGUGCUGUAAGAAUAACUCAUCUACCUACAGGAGUAAGUGUUGAAUGCCAAGUUGAUAGGUCACAGGUCAAAAACAGGAGGAUAGCGAUGACUAAACUCAGAACACUUUUAUAUCAAAGGGAACUAGAUUCUCAAACAGCAAAGAUUGAUUCAACUAAAAAGAGCCAAGUACGCACGAAUUUCAGAAAUGAAAAAAUUAGGACAUAUAAUUUUAAUCAAGAUAGGAUAACUGAUCAUAGAUUACAAGGAAAUGUACAUAAUUUGAAAGGAUUUCUGGAAGGUAAUGAAGCACUGGAAGAAUUGUUAAUGAAAUUGGAUUCUUAUUAUAAAUAUGAAAAAUUGUUCCAAAAAGUGAAUGAAAUAAACAGUUAAAAAUUG